AUGGGCAACUACAGAUCCGCACUCCUCCUUUCUAUCCUCGCCGCGUCCACCGUUCAAGCUAGCUUUUGGACACCACCCAAGGGCCACAGCCCCCCUGAUUGCGAGACGACUACCACUUUUGCAACUCUUACCGUCACAAGCUCAGAGAUUGCUGGUCCUACUGCUGGGCCCACUGGCGGGCCCAUACCCCCUAUCCCAGAGCACUCCAGUGCGAUCGAGGAGCCUGUCUACCCGCAGCCCUCAGUCGUUGAUCCCACCAGCCCUUGUCCUUCGGAUCAGCCAGGCAAGCCCGGAAAGCCCGAGAAGCCGCACAAGCCGGGGAAACCCUAG